UAAGGUAUCAGCUAACCUAGCUAGGGCUAUCCCACGACUAACAAACCUGCUCUAGUGAAGCGAAUAUCUAUUAAAAAGCAGAAUGUAUGCUAAUCUAUACUCGCGGUGUGUGUGUUCUCGGCGACUUUAUCGUGGCUAGUGGAUUGCAGCAAAACUAGCUUCCAGCAUGCAGGUGACAUUACUCUUGUUUACAUCUGUGCGCCUGCUAGCUCAAAAGGUUUAUUAGCACGCUACUGUGAAGGCACGUCGUGAUGAGGAAACGCGUAGAGGAUCAUGGUCGCCCGCGAGCACCUCUGUUUGUGAAAACAACUGCGACGAGAGAGCGAAGUAGUUGGACUCUCCUGUGACUGGCUGCUUUGUCAUGGCCAUGCCACACCCUACUGAGGAAGAGGACAGCCACCUGACCUUGAUGCUCACAUCAGCCCAUCCCUCGCUUGUGUUCAUCUGCUGGCCACUCAAAGCAUCUCAAGAUGAUGGCGAGGUACGGGCAGCUCUCGGGACUAGCAGCCAGUGGUGUGGGCUCCGUCCCCGAGUCGCACUCGCCGCUAUUUCCCAGGGAUCUCCCGUCAUCGCCCGCCCAGACGGGCUACAGGUCAUCCCUGGGGUCGACAGAGACACAGUGGCGUCAGGCAGAGCUCCCACAGCUCCAAGGCUGGGCAGAGAAGGGAUUGCUGACACAGCCAAAGAUGAUUAUCAGUAACAUGGAGGCUCCAGUGACAAACGGACCAAGUGGAGGAGGCACCACAGCCAACGGGCCAACCACUAACAACCGCGGUUGCCCCUCGCCCAUGCAGACGGGGCCAACAAAUGACGACAGCAAGACUAACCUCAUUGUCAACUACCUGCCACAGAACAUGACCCAGGAGGAGUUCCGCAGCCUUUUCGGUAGCAUUGGCGAGAUCGAAUCCUGCAAACUGGUUCGCGACAAGAUCACAGGUCAAAGUCUGGGUUACGGCUUUGUCAACUACAUCGAUCCAAAGGACGCAGAGAAAGCCAUCAACACGUUAAAUGGACUCCGACUUCAGACCAAAACAAUCAAGGUCUCGUAUGCGCGACCCAGCUCUGCUUCCAUCCGUGACGCCAACCUCUACGUGAGCGGCCUGCCCAAGACCAUGACCCAGAAGGAGCUGGAGCAGCUUUUCUCGCAGUACGGACGCAUCAUCACCUCCCGCAUCCUUGUCGACCAGGUCACAGGCCCCACAGGCGGCUCCCGAGGUGUGGGCUUCAUCCGCUUUGAUAAGAGGAUAGAAGCUGAGGAGGCUAUCAAAGGCCUCAAUGGACAGAAACCAUCGGGCGCGGCUGAGCCUAUCACGGUCAAAUUCGCCAACAACCCCAGCCAGAAGACCAGCCAGGCCCUCCUCUCGCAACUGUACCAGUCCCCCAACCGCCGAUACCCCGGGCCCCUCCACCACCAGGCUCAGAGGUUCAGGCUGGACAAUUUGCUUAAUAUGGCCUAUGGCGUAAAGAGGUUUUCGCCAAUCACCAUCGACAGCAUGACCAGCUUGGUGGGCAUGAACAUCCCCGGGCACACCGGCACCGGUUGGUGCAUCUUCGUCUACAACCUGUCCCCCGAUUCGGACGAGAGCGUGCUGUGGCAGCUCUUCGGGCCGUUCGGUGCCGUCAACAACGUCAAGGUGAUCCGUGACUUCAACACCAACAAGUGCAAAGGUUUCGGCUUUGUCACCAUGACAAAUUACGACGAGGCGGCCAUGGCCAUCGCCAGUCUCAACGGUUACAGGUUGGGCGACCGUGUCCUGCAAGUCUCCUUCAAGACAAACAAGGCCCACAAGUCCUGAACUCGAACAAGGUAGAAGCAGUUUCCCCGCAGCAGCAUCUGCAGCUCUGUCCGCUCCAAAAUGACCCCCCCAGGCCCCAACCAUCCUCCACCUCCACCCCCACCUUUAGCCCCUCCAGUCACCACUACGACCACCACCAUCCUGCAGUCAGCCAGCACAGAAAACUGGAACAUAAAGCAACCAUCCAACCCAAUUGAACUAGAAAUGGCUUAUAUCAUAACUUUGGACCUAUAAGCCAACGUUGCCUAAGUAUUACAAAAAUGAAAAUGAAGAAAAUGUUCAUGCGUUUUGGGAAGUUCCUGAUAUAACGCAGGCUUCUCUUUGUUGUAUAUUCUUUCUGUUUGUCCUGGUUGCUAAAUUGAGUUUUCUCUUCUGUGUAAACAGUAGCAAUUCCCCCCACCACCUUUAGAGAAGAGAAUAUCCUUUUUAGACCACUGUCUCGAUUCAGGAUUAGCUUUUCUUUUGUAUAUCCGGAUCCACUGUCGUUAGUAUCCUGUACCUCCCAGUCACUAUAGGGAGGGGGGCUCUUUUUUUAGCAAUUGAUGAACCAUUCAUUCAUUUAUAGUCGUAUUAAAAGGUCCCCUUAUUGAUUCUCGAUGGGAUUUCCCACUCCCACCGAUUCUGAUGUAAUAGGAAAAAAAAAGACUUUCUAACAUUGUUUUUGUUUUAUAUCGCAAACAAAACAAUGUCUUUGCUCACAGGGAGAUGGGGUUCGGGGGUGGGGGAUGGGUUAGCUUUCCUGAUGACACAUUAAGUAAUUUAAGAAAAAAAAAAAAAUAACACUGUUGCCAAAGAGAAGAUCUCUUUGCUUGAAAAAAAAUGCAUUUAGAAAAAAAUAGAAAAAUAAAUAGAAAGAAGAAUCUAUUUUUAUAAAUGAUAAUUAAAAUAAUAAUUAUUGAGAAAUUUUUACAAGAAUCUGGAUUUGAAAAAAGAGAAAAAUAUUUUGACUGGCUAACUGGGAGGGGAGGGGGGGCACCACCUUGUCUUGUCGUUCUGCCAUGGUACUUUCUAGGCUCAGCGCUCGUUGUUUUCCGAGGAAGCCAUGUUGGCGACGGGGAUUUUCUAGAUGGAAGGUUUUGUGAAAAAGGAAACCAAGGUGGGUGAUUUUGGUAAUUUUUCACAUACGUACUAGUGCAUAAUUAUUCAAUACCCACAAGGGGAAGGGAGAGGGGAACCAUCCUUUAUCGUCCAGAGCCCAAAGCAAGGAGACCCUUUGUUUGCUUCUUUUCCUGUUAUCGUCAACAGUCCAUAUGGGGUAUCAGUAACUACAUAUAUGCACAUCUAUCCAUUUAGAAAGCAUACUAUACAUGAUAUUGUUUCUCUUUGCUCUGCAUUUGUAUGCAAACUUCCUUUUAGCAAUCAACAGUAGGUGCUAUAUUACAUUAUUCAUCUUAAAUAUCCGAGUUGGUUGUUCUAUGUGUUGUUUCAAAAAAUACUAUGUUGAUGUUGGCAUUGAAUUGAGCUUAUUUGUUUAUUGUUGGCCCAAAUAGUCUGGUGAGACUAUUUUGUUGCAGAAAAACCAGAUCAACACAUUUGGGUAGUGUAAAAAAAAAAAUUUAAAAAAAAAAGAUAAUAUAUAUAUAUAU